AUGUUCCGCGGUAAGGGCACGGCUCGGCCAUUGCUAAACCCUGGCGCAGUGACUUUGCCGCUGUUCCAUGUGCGCGAAGGGUUUUGCGCGUCUUUCCCCGCGCCCGGGAACGGGUUUGGCGCGCCCGCGUCGUCCGCGCGACUGAGCCGUCGGGUCGCCGCCCCCGCGUUCUCCCCCUUCCUGAAGACCGCGGCUGCGCCGCCCGCAGCCCCAUCCGCGCCUUCCGCAGCCGAACCUGCGCCAGUUACAACUGGAUCUGUGCCGCCCGCAGUGUCCUCGGUACAAGCAGCCCCGUUAUCGUCCUCAGCUGCUUUCAAGCAAUCACUUAAUGACUCUAUACUGUCGGCUAUUGGCGCCAAGCCCGCUGCUGUUAACCCGAUUCCCACCACCGCCAAGCCUCCCUCCCGCCGACUCCCCGCGUAUUCCCGUUCCGCUUCCCGAACCCGCUCCGCCUCUUCCGCACCUACUUCCGCUCCCCCGGCGCACCUCCGCAGUCCCGAUCUUGUUGCGCCGCAAUCCCUCCCCGCGCGGCCCACCUCCCCCACGCCCACGCUCCCCCCUUCCCUGGCCCGCCGAGCCCCUCACUUCGCCCCCUUGCCCGAGCGCAAGGCUCCGCCCGCCCUCUCCCCCGCUCGCCCGCACGAACACCACCCUGCCGACAUCCCUGCCGGCCGCCCUGCCGUCCGGCCGCGGCGCCUGCCGGCCGUCCACGCGCUGGCGGACGGCGCGCUGGCGCUGCUGGUGCCGCUGGCGGGGUCCGGGCCGCAGGUGCUGCAGAUGCUGGGCGGCCCGGCGGCGUGGGUGAGGCGGUUCGUGGUGUCGAUGGGUCUGGCCGUGGCGCUGUACAGUGUGAGCGUGAUCGCCGCCGCGACUGCCGCGUUCUACUGGGCGUGGUGGCCGAUCUGGCGCGCUGUGGCGAAGAAUCUAGCGAUGCGCGUUCGUUACAGACAUGCUGGGUUGUGGAAGGCGCGGCUGCUGGACUUGCAGGUGGUGCGUGUGGGGAGGCAGACCAGGUGGCGCGUGCUGAUUGGCGACCACAGCCGCACUACCCUGGAGAUGGAAGUGGUGCCGCCUCACAAGAGUGUGCGCCUGAGCCGCGGCGACCCAGUGGAGCUUCUUGUCCUAUCUGACUGCCCCUCGCUCUCACGAUUCCGUGCCGCCCGGGAGAUCUUCUUCCCGCAGCGGUCCCUCUGGCUGGUGGGGGACAAGCAGGCGUGUGUGGAGCGGUCAGUGUUUGAGGAGAUGCGGAGGAAGGUGGCUUUAAGAGCCGCUGUGGAGGAUGGGGAGGACAGCGAGGGGGAGGACUGGGACGGGCUGUACUCGUUAUUGACUGAUGAAAACGAGCAGUUGCUGCAGAAUUAUAGCUAUAACGAGGCGUCUAGUAUGCAGGCGGAGAUGGAUGGUGGCGGGGGGAAGGGUGUUGGGGGGAGCCUGGGGGGAGGGUUACCUGGGGUGGGUGGUUUUGACGGGGUGGCUGGGGGUAUGUCUGGGGGAGGCGCGUCUCUGGGCGGAAUCACUUCUUUCCCUGAAAAUUUGGGGGUAAAGGAGGAGCAGGAGUUAAUGUCCCAUCAGGGGUUGCUGGAUUACUCUGCGAUGGAGGGAGCAGGUUCGGGAGGAUUCCGAGACCCGGCGCUGGUUAGUAGCUUCGGCGGCGGAGGCUCGGUAGGGGCGGUGGCGGAUGGGCUGGCAGCUUCGUCGUCGUGCCUGAUGGAUGGUGGAGGUUCGGGGCCGCUGUCUGUGCUUCUGAGUGACAGCCAGGAUUCGGAGCUGCUGGAAAGGUUAAGGGAGGUGUGA